AUGAGAAGUCUCAAAGGAAUCAUCAAGUUUGGCAUGGAAAGCCUAAUAUUCUUGUCCAUAUUGCUUUCUCAUCCCAUAAGCCAUAAGAGAAAUAAAUUUGUUAAGAUGGAGAUGGUUGCUGCCAUGGUAGAGAAGAAUAUUGAAGAUCAUGUUUCAGACAUCAUGGAAGACAUGUUCGAAACUGAAACUAAGCCAUGGUAUAGAAAGCUUAGGGGUUGUUGUAGAGAAAACUAUCAUAUGUGUACUAAUCUCAAAAUUAAAGAAGGAAAUAUUCACGAAUUGAACCUUAGUCAUGAUAUGUAUGUUCCAGAUAUUUCUCUCCAUAAUAUUCCACAUGGUGGUAAGUAUGAUAUGGAUUCUGGUGGAAAUGUGAUUGACCCCCCUCUCAUGCAUGGGCCUAUGAGAAAUCAUCAUCUCACUCAAAAGUCUUUUGGUGAGAAGACCCGUGAAACCAUUAUGGGAAAUUAA